AUGUCGCGGUUUGUAGCAGCAGAUGAGGUGCGCGAUGAGGACCUCGCGGCGCAGGAGGUCAAGGAGGACGAGAUUCUGAGCAGGUUUGCCGAGGAGGACACACAGAGGGAGCGCAAGACGCUUGCCCAGCAGUUGAAGGAGAACAGACAGCAGAAGUACAAGGAGUACAAAGACACGCUCGAGGAGGAAAACUCGCUGUACAAGUGGACACAGAGGGACAUGGAGUACUACGAUCGGAUCCAGAACACGCUGCACGAGAAACGGGCCGGAGACAAGAAGCAGAUCGAACGGGAGCUGGAGACAUACAAGCAGGCUAAACGAGCAAGGGGGCGGCCAGAGGAGGGUGAGUUGAUCGAGGAGGUGCAGACGGAUGUUGGAAAGCGCUCAAAGGGUCUGAAGGUGAAGAAGAGGAGGGUGGACGGUCCCAACAGCGCGAAGAGAGAUAGCCAAGAGGAAGAUACGAAGGAACAAGAUACAAAGGAGGAAGAUACAAAAAAGGAAGAUACGCAAUCCGAACCGCAGGAUUCUGAUGACCCACCCGCUGACAUCGCCCCGGGCUUUGGCUACUCGUCAGACAGCGACUAG